AUGAUCUACCCCGAGAAGAGCGGUGAGCGUCUCCAUGACAUGCUCGGGCUCGCACAGGCGUUCUUCGAGCCGCUAGCGGAACUCGGGUCGAUCACGCCGGUGGGCGAGUCCGACCUGCCGGGCGACUACCUGACGCUGCUGGCCCACUCGGGGCACAUGACAAUCACGCUCGAGGCCUGGCACGAGUCGCUCGUCAACGUCCAUGUCGAGGGCGAGUUCCGAGAGCCCGACCGCUACGCCCGCCACAGCUUGCUAUCACGGCAGUCGGACGGGCGGGUGGUGCAGUCGGGGAUCAUGCGGAUCGACCUGACGGGCCUGCCAGCCGAGGUCCGGCGCCAGAUCGAGGUGGGCGAAACGCCGCUGGGGCGUAUCCUGAUAAGGGCGGAGUUGCUCCGCGAAGUCGAGCUGCUAGCCCUCUGGCGGAUUGCCGCGGGCCCGCGGCUCGCCCGCGAACUGGACCUCCCCCAGGGAACCAUCGUCCACGGCCGCAGCGCCCGGAUCCUGGUAGAAGGCCGCCCGGCUGUCGAACUCCUCGAAAUCGAGGGGUUCUCCACCCUGCUGGUGGAGCGUGAGCGGAUGCCGCGCCAUCACGUUGGCGAGUCGCUCAUGCCUGAGACUUACUGGACCUUCGAAAAGCUCGGCGUGCUCGACAAGCUGACCACCAGCCGCUGCGCGAAAAAAGUCGGAGUGCAGUUCGUCAACUCGACCGGCCAAGAGUCGAAGCCGUUCUUCUUCCGCAACCACUACGACCACGCCUCGAGCGAAACCUGGCACGUCGAGCGGCCCGAGUUCGAUCAGAUGCUGUUCGACAACGCGACGGAGCUCGGCGCCGAGUGCCACGACCAGACGCGGGUGCUCGAGGUCUUGUUCGAUGGCGAUGACGCCGCGACGGCGCGGGCGACCGGCGUGCGGCUGCGCACCGCCGACGGCGAGCGGACGAUCACCAGCCGCGUCGUCAUCGACGCGACGGGGCAGUCGUCGCUGAUCGCCAACCGCUUCGCGCUGAAGGAGAUGAACGGCCAUCUGCGCAAGGCGGCGAUCUGGCGGCACUACCGCGGCGCCAAGCGCGACGAGUCGGGCGGCGGCGUCAAGACGCUCAUCAUGCACACGCAAGACGAGAAGUGCUGGUUCUGGUACAUCCCCCAGUCGAACGACAUCGUCAGCGUCGGCGUGGUCGGCGACAACGACUACCUACUGAAGGGCCGCGGCGCCCCCGAGGACGCGUUGAACCAAGAGAUCGCCAACUGCCCCGUGCUGGGCGGCUAUCUCGAAGGCUCCGAAGCGCUCGACGACCUCGCCGUCGCCAAGGAGUUCUCUUACACGACCAAGCAAGCCGCCGGCGCCGGUUGGGUGCUGGUGGGCGACGCCUGGGGCUUCAUCGACCCGGUCUACUCGUCGGGCGUUUACUUCGCGAUGAAGUCGGCCGACAUGGCGAGCGAGUGUGUCGUCGAUGCCCUGCAAAGCGGCGACCUCUCGGCCGAACGCCUCGGCGCUUGGGCGCCGACUUUCGCCGAGGGAACCAAGUGGGUCCGCAAGCUGGUGAACUCGUUCUACUCGGGCAACUUCCGCGUCGGCAAGUUCGUGCAAGAGUACCCGCACCACGCCGGCCCGCUGACCGACCUCUUGGUAGGCAAGAUGUUCAGCCCCGACAUGCCCGCCCUCUUCGCCGACCUCGACCCCUGGCUCGAGAAGAUGGCGUCCGCGCCGCGCACCGGCGACGAGCCAAUGAUGGCGCUCGGCUGA